AAUCACAUGGCAACAGUAAUUCAGCAAACACAAUACAGGUAUAAGGAAGUUAUAAAAAGAUAUGCAUUUAUUAUGUGCUCCCUUUGAAGUGUCAGGACGGCUGCUCUUUCAGAUUGAAAAAGGUGCUUUUAUUUUGAUUUUUUUUGUAAUUGAUUAAGAUUUGUUAUUGAAUAAUUUGAUAUUGGAUUGAGAGAAGAACUCUUACAUCACAUCCCAGCUGCUCUCCUACUAAGCUGCACAAUGGACACAGAUUAUUUUCAGCAUAAAGACAUUAACUUUGCCUCAAUUGUCUACUCAGCAGAAAGACUCAAUUUCUUGGAGAAUGAAUUUCAGGUUCGUGAUGAUGAUGUCUUCAUUGUUACUUUUCCUAAAUCAGGCACAAACUGGAUGAUGGAGAUCUUAAGCCUUAUCCGUAGCAAUGGUGACCCUACCUGGUGCCAUGAUUUACCUAUCUGGGAAAGAAUUCCCUGGUUGGAAGCAAGGGACAGCAAGAUACUUAUUGACUCCAUGUCAUCCCCUCGGUUUUUCUCCUCUCAUUUACCUAUCCAGUUCUUCCCAAAGUCUUUCUUUACAUCCAAAGCCAAGGUAAUUUACACAGCUCGUAAUCCAAAAGAUGUUCUGGUGUCACUUUAUCAUUUUGCACAGAUGGCGUAUGUGAUUAAGACACCUUGUAGCUUAGAUGAAUUUGUCGAGGACUUUCUUCAAGGCAGAGUUCCCUUUGGCUCUUGGUUUGACCAUAUUAAAGGCUGGCUACAAAUGAAGGAUAACAGCAACUUCCUAUUCAUCAGCUAUGAGGAGUUAAAGCAGGAUCACAAGGCUACUGUUUUGAAGAUCUGUAAUUUCCUGGGGAAAGUCUUAGACAAUGAAGCAAUUGACAUGGUGGUUGAACAUUCUAGCUUUAACAGCAUGAAACAAAACAAGAUGUCCAACCAAAGCGAAGCUCCAGAUUUCAUUAUGAAUAAGAAAUAUAACUUCAUGAGAAAAGGAAUCAGAGGUGACUGGAGAAACCAUUUCACAGACUCCCAACAAGAAUACAUUGACAGAAUUUACCAGGAGAAGAUGAAAGGCCUUAGCUUACAUUUUAUUUGGGAUGAGAGUUGAUCAUUGUUAUAUGAACUUGUUACUCAUAAAUUCUGAGUAAAUUUUGUUUGACUUAAACCUGAUUAAUAUUGAAUAUUAAAGGGACAUAAAACCCAAUUUUUUUUCUUUCAUGAUUCAGAUAGAGAAUACAAUUUUAAAGAACUUUCCAAUUUACUUCUGUUAUCAAUUUUUCUUCGUUUUCUUGUUAUCCUUUGUUGAAAAGCUAAGAUGUAUGCUCAUGAGUGUGCACGUGUCCACAACACUAUAUGGCAGCAGUUUUGCAACAGUGUUAUACAUUAACAGGAGCACUAGAUGUCAGCACUAUUUCCUGUCAUGUAGUGCUUCAGGCAUGUGCAUGCUACCUACCUAGGUAUCUCUUCAACAAAGAAUAACAUGAGAACAAAACAAAUUUGAUAAUAGAAGUAAAUUGGAAACUAAAUAAUAUACUAAAUAAUGAAAGAAAAUAUGUGGGUUCACUGUCCCUUUAAGUGUAUGCUAUUAUAUAUUUAAAGUUGUUUUUGUAUAAUAUGUUCACACUAAUUAAUAAAUUAAUUGUCAUGUACAAACUCCACAAAAAUGUUUCUGAAUUCAAACGAUAAAUAAAUGUUCUGGGAAAUGUGAAAGUAACAAAUA